AUGUUUAUAAAGGAUUUAAGUAAAAAAGUAAAGAUAUUGUAUGAUAUAAUGAAUAAUAAAACGAAUUAUGAUCAAACAAUUGUAGAUAAAAAAUCAAGUGAAAUUAUAAAAGAAUUACUAGAAUCAAAAGGAUUAACUACACCAAAUUUUGAAAAGAAAUUUAUAAUAGAAACAGAUGCUUCAGAAAAAGCAUUAGGUUUUAUAUUAUUACAAGAGGAAGAUAAAAUUGAUAAAAUUAUAAAAUUUGGAAGUAGAAUGUUAUCAAAUGAAUAA